UUAAUAAAUAAUGGAGUAAUUAUAUAGGGGUUGGUUGGGGGACGUUAAUAUCAUCAUUUGCAGGAUUACUUGGUUCAUCUACUAACUAGGCUACUGAAAAAUCUAUUUACGUUUCGGAUUCAUUGUUACCACACAGUAUCUUUAUGUAUGUAUUAGAUAUCUGGUUCAGAAUUCCAAUUGGUUGAGUAACCUGGUCUUGGUUGAGGUACAGCACAGUACAGUACAAUAUUUCUCAAGACCGGACUUGCGUCCAAAAGAUAAAAGGGAAGUUCUACACCCUCUCAAACUUUUCCUCUUCAUCAUCAAUCUUCCAAACCAUCUAUUCAUAAACAUUCAACAAACCGAGCUAUCAAUAAUGCCUCGUCCGACUUCCAAAACAAUCUUCGCUCUAAUUCCGAGCGCCUCUCAAAGCUCCGUUCACUAUAGCUACCUUUUCAACCUCCUGCUCAAACGCGGCCAUCCUUUCUACCCUGUCAUGCUUCCAAGUAAAGGAAGUAGCAAGAACGUCACUAUAGAAGAUGAUGCAAAAUAUGUGCGCGAACAGAUACUUCUUCCCGUUCUGGAUAUUGAAGAGGGUGAUGUGAUUUUGAUAAUGCAUUCCUACAGGCAAGAGAUUUCUCCCUCACUCUGUUUCUUUGUAUUGUUUGAUGGAGCUCGAGACUAGUACUAACUUUCCGAAUCAUGUAGUGGUAUUCCAGGCAGUGCAGCAGCUUUGGGUUUGGGCAAGGCAGAACGUGCUGCUGCUGGUAAGAAGACUUCUGUCUUGGGACAGAUUUACAUCGCUUCGCUCUUGAUCAAAGGCGGGGAUGGAGGUGAUAUUAUUGCCGCUCUUGGUGGAAAACUCCCACCUCACAUUGUUCCAAAAGUAAGUCUAGUGAUCUUGAUAUUAUGCUACCUUCUUUUUCUCCAUUUCAUUUCAUUUCAUUUCAUUUCAUUUCAUUUCGUUUGAUUCUAAUCAGCUACUUAGAAAGCAGCCAGAAUCCUCACACGUGAAGAUCCCGCUGCACCUUUACAUGGCGACGUGACGCCAAAGAACUUCCAAGAUGACAUUGUGAUGUCUACUUUGUGUCCCAGCUAUGCUUCAUGGCAUAGUCCAUGUCCACGUGCUUCUUGGGGCUCGGAGGAUUUCAAAGGUAGAGUUGCUUUUGUCCGCACUCUCAUGGAUAAAGUUAUUCCUCUUGAGAUUCAAGAUAUGAUGAUCAAGGGAACAGGAGAGGAAUGGAUCGUUAAAGAUAUAGAUACUGGAAACAACCCAAAUCUGUCAGCACCCGGGAAAAUCUGUGAUAUUUUGGAAGAGCUCGGGAGGCAGUUUGAGAGUUUGUAGUUUGCGGAAAUUUAAACACUAGAUUAUGUGCUAGAAGAUGUAAGAUCUUAGGUCAGAAAAAAUAAGAAACUCGCUUAAGUCAUCUCAGAAAAUGC